CGCCCGCCGCCGCCGCGUCGCCGCGCCCGGAGCUGUCCGCGCCCCCCGGUGCUGAAGCAUGUCCAGGGGCCGGGCCGCGGCGUGAGCGCGGGCAGCGGGCAGCCAGGCCAGGCCCGCAGACAUGUCGCUGCUGUGCGUGGGAGUCAAAAAAGCCAAGUUUGAUGGUGCCCAAGAAAAAUUCAACACGUACGUGACGCUAAAGGUGCAGAAUGUGAAGAGCACAAGCGUGGCCGUCCGCGGCAGCCAGCCCAGCUGGGAGCAGGACUUCAUGUUCGAGAUUAACCGGCUGGACUUGGGACUGAUGGUGGAGGUGUGGAACAAAGGCCUCAUCUGGGACACGAUGGUGGGCAUUGUGUGGAUCCCGCUGCGGACCAUCCGCCAGUCCAAUGAGGAGGGCCCAGGGGAGUGGCUGACCCUGGACUCACAGGUCAUCAUGGCUGACAGUGAGAUCUGUGGCACCAAGGGCCCCACCUUCCACCGCAUCCUCCUGGACACACGCUUUGAGCUGCCACUGGACAUUCCUGAGGAGGAGGCACGCUACUGGGCCAAGAAGCUGGAGCAGCUGAACGCCAUGCGGGACCAGGACGAGUAUUCGUUCCAUGACGAGCCGGACAAGCCCCUCCCCGUCCCCAGCAACCAGUGCUGCAACUGGAAUUAUUUUGGCUGGGGUGAACAGCAGAAUGACGACCCAGACAGUGCUGUGGAUGACCGUGACAGUGACUACCGCAGUGAGACCAGCAACAGCAUCCCUCCACCCUACUACACCACAUCACAGCCCAACGCCUCCGUGCACCAGUACUCAGUGCGGCCGCCACCCCUGGGCUCCCGGGAGUCCUACAGUGACUCCAUGCACAGCUACGAGGACUUCUCUGAGCCAAGGGCCCUCAGCCCCACAGGCAGCAGCCGCUACGCCUCUUCAGGGGAGCUGAGCCAGGGCAGCUCCCAGCUGAGUGAGGACUUCGACCCCGACGAGCAGAGCCUGCAGGGCUCCGAGCUGGACGACGAGAGGGACCGGGACUCCUACCACUCCUGCCACAGCUCCGUGAGCUGCCACAAGGACUCACCCCACUGGGACCAAGACGAGGAGCUGGAUGAGGAGCUGGAUGACUACCUGGAGGAGGAGCUGGAGGAGUUGGAGGAGGAGCUGGAGGAGGAGCUGGAGGAGGAGGAGGAACUGGAGGAGGAGGAAGAACUGGAAGAGGAGGAGGAGGAGGAGUUGGAAGAGGAGCUGGAGGAGGAGGAGGAGGUGCCAGAUGACAUCAGGGCCUAUGCCCAGGAGGUGACCGUGGAUGAGCCCAAGGACUUCAAGCGCAUCAGCCUUCCGCCAGCUUCCCCAGAGAAAGACAAAGCCCCGGCUGUGCCCCCUGAAACCCCCGAUGUGGCCCAGGUGGUUCCUGGGCCCCCUGUACCAGAAGAAGUGCCAGCAGCUGAGCGACCGGCCGACAGUGAGCCCCCCAAGGAUGAGGAGAGUUUCAGGCCGAGAGAGGAUGAGGAAGGCCAUGAGGGUCAGGACUCCAUGUCCAGGGCCAAGGCCAACUGGCUGCGAGCCUUCAACAAGGUGCGGAUGCAGCUCCAGGAGGCCCGCGGGGAAGGAGACAUAUCCAAGUCCCUUUGGUUCAAAGGCGGGCCGGGUGGCGGACUUAUCAUCAUCGACAGCAUGCCUGACAUCCGCAAGCGGAAACCCAUCCCCCUCGUCAGCGACCUGGCCAUGUCUCUGGUGCAGUCCAGGAAAGCCGGCAUCACCUCUGCCUUGGCCUCCAGCACUUUGAACAACGAGGAACUGAAAAACCACGUUUACAAGAAGACCCUGCAAGCCUUAAUCUACCCCAUCUCGUGCACGACCCCCCACAACUUCGAGGUGUGGACGGCCACCACGCCCACCUACUGCUACGAGUGCGAGGGGUUGCUGUGGGGCAUCGCGCGCCAGGGCAUGCGCUGCACUGAGUGUGGUGUGAAGUGCCACGAGAAGUGCCAGGACCUUCUCAACGCCGACUGCCUGCAGCGGGCGGCGGAGAAGAGCUCCAAGCAUGGCGCUGAGGACCGCACGCAGAACAUCAUCAUGGUGCUCAAGGACCGCAUGAAGAUCCGGGAGCGCAACAAACCCGAGAUCUUCGAGCUCAUCCAGGAGAUCUUUGCCGUGACCAAGUCAGCACACACACAGCAGAUGAAGGCCGUCAAGCAGAGCGUGCUGGACGGCACGUCCAAGUGGUCAGCUAAGAUCAGCAUCACAGUGGUCUGUGCCCAGGGCUUGCAGGCGAAGGACAAGACGGGAUCCAGUGACCCAUACGUCACCGUCCAGGUUGGGAAGACCAAGAAACGAACAAAGACCAUCUAUGGGAACCUGAACCCCGUGUGGGAAGAGAACUUCCACUUCGAGUGCCACAACUCCUCCGACCGCAUCAAGGUGCGUGUCUGGGAUGAGGAUGAUGACAUCAAGUCCCGGGUGAAGCAGCGCUUCAAGAGGGAGUCUGAUGACUUCCUAGGGCAGACCAUCAUCGAGGUGCGGACGCUGAGCGGCGAGAUGGACGUGUGGUACAACCUGGACAAGCGCACAGACAAGUCAGCCGUGUCAGGCGCCAUCCGGCUGCACAUCAGUGUGGAGAUCAAAGGCGAGGAGAAGGUGGCUCCCUACCAUGUGCAGUACACCUGCCUGCACGAGAACCUGUUCCACUUCGUGACGGAUGUGCAGAACAAUGGGGUGGUGAAGAUCCCAGACGCCAAGGGGGAUGACGCAUGGAAGGUUUAUUACGACGAGACGGCGCAGGAGGUGGUGGACGAGUUCGCCAUGCGCUACGGUGUUGAGUCCAUCUACCAGGCCAUGACGCACUUCGCCUGCCUGUCCUCCAAGUACAUGUGCCCGGGGGUGCCGGCCGUCAUGAGCACGCUGCUGGCCAACAUCAAUGCCUACUAUGCGCACACGGCUGCCUCCACCAACGUGUCCGCCUCCGACCGCUUCGCUGCCUCCAACUUUGGGAAAGAGCGCUUCGUGAAACUCCUGGACCAGCUCCACAACUCCCUGCGCAUCGACCUGUCCAUGUACCGGAACAACUUCCCUGCUAGCAGCCCGGAGCGGCUGCAGGACCUGAAGUCCACCGUGGACCUGCUCACCAGCAUCACCUUCUUCCGCAUGAAGGUUCAGGAGCUGCAGAGCCCGCCGCGUGCCAGCCAGGUGGUGAAGGACUGCGUGAAGGCGUGCCUGAACUCCACCUACGAGUACAUCUUCAACAACUGCCAUGAGCUCUACAGCCGCGAGUACCAGGCUGACCCGGCGAAGAAGGGGGAGGUUCCCCCGGAGGAGCAGGGCCCCAGCAUCAAGAACCUGGACUUCUGGUCCAAGCUCAUCACCCUCAUCGUGUCCAUCAUUGAGGAGGACAAGAACUCGUACACGCCGUGCCUCAACCAGUUUCCACAGGAACUGAACGUGGGCAAAAUCAGCGCCGAGGUUAUGUGGAGCCUGUUUGCCCAGGACAUGAAGUACGCCAUGGAGGAGCACGACAAGCACCGACUGUGCAAGAGUGCCGACUACAUGAACCUGCACUUCAAGGUCAAGUGGCUGUACAACGAGUAUGUGGCUGAGCUGCCCGCCUUCAAGGACCGUGUGCCCGAGUACCCCGCGUGGUUCGAGCCCUUCGUCAUCCAGUGGCUGGACGAGAACGAGGAGGUGUCUCGUGACUUCCUGCAUGGGGCACUGGAGCGGGACAAGAAGGACGGGUUCCAGCAGACCUCGGAGCACGCACUGUUCUCCUGCUCCGUGGUGGACGUCUUCUCCCAGCUCAACCAGAGCUUCGAGAUCAUCAAGAAGCUCGAGUGUCCGGACCCGCAGAUCGUGGGCCACUACAUGAGGCGCUUUGCCAAGACCAUCAGCAACGUCCUCCUGCAGUACGCGAGCAUCGUGUCCAAGGACUACGCCUCCUACUGCUCCAAGGAUAAGGAGAAAGUGCCCUGCAUCCUCAUGAACAACACGCAGCAGCUCCGGGUGCAGCUGGAGAAGAUGUUUGAAGCCAUGGGCGGGAAGGAGCUGGACGCGGAGGCCAGCGACACCCUGAAGGGGCUGCAGGUGAAGCUGAACAACGUCCUGGACGAGCUCAGCCGCGUGUUCGCCACCAGCUUCCAGCCGCACAUAGAGGAGUGUGUAAAGCAGAUGGGCGACAUCCUGAGCCAGGUGAAGGGCACCGGGAACGUGCCCGCCAGCGCCUGCAGCAGUGUGGCCCAGGACGCAGACAACGUGCUCCAGCCCAUCAUGGACCUGCUGGACAGCAACCUGACUCUCUUCGCCAAAAUCUGUGAGAAGACGGUGCUGAAGCGGGUGCUGAAGGAGCUCUGGAAGCUGGUGAUGAACACCAUGGAGAAGACGGUGGUGCUGCCGCCGCUCAGCGACCAGACGGGCACCCUCUUGAGAAAACAUGGCAAGGGAUUAGAAAAGGGCCGGGGGAGACCGCAGACCCACUCGGAUGGAACCCAGAUGAUCUUCAAUGCAGCCAAGGAACUGGGGCAGCUGUCGAAGCUCAAGGACCACAUGGUGCGAGAGGAAGCCAAGAGCUUAACCCCAAAGCAGUGUGCCGUGGUGGAGCUGGCCCUGGACACCAUCAAGCAAUACUUCCACGCUGGCGGCGUAGGCCUCAAGAAGACCUUCCUGGAGAAAAGCCCCGACCUGCAGUCUCUGCGCUAUGCCCUGUCGCUCUACACCCAAGCCACCGACCUACUCAUCAAGACUUUCGUGCAGACACAGUCGGCCCAGGUCCACGGUGGCCAGGGGACUAGGUUCACUCUUAGUGAAGACAUUUAUCCUGAGAAGGGCUCGGGUGUGGAAGACACCGUGGGGGAGGUCUCCGUCCACGUGGAGCUCUUCACGCACCCAGGAACCGGGGAGCACAAGGUCACGGUAAAAGUGGUGGCUGCCAAUGACCUCAAGUGGCAGACUUCUGGCAUUUUCCGGCCGUUCAUCGAGGUCAAUAUCAUUGGGCCCCAGCUCAGUGACAAGAAACGCAAGUUUGCAACAAAAUCCAAGAACAACAGCUGGGCUCCCAAGUACAACGAGAGCUUUCAGUUCACGCUGAGCACCGACGUGGGUCCCGAGUGCUACGAGCUGCAGGUGUGCGUCAAGGACUACUGCUUCGCACGUGAGGACCGCACGGUGGGGCUGGCCGUGCUGCAGCUGCGCGAGCUGGUCCAGCGUGGCAGUGCUGCCUGUUGGCUGCCUCUCGGCCGCCGCAUCCACAUGGACGACACGGGCCUCACGGUAUUGCGCAUCCUGUCGCAGCGCAGUAACGACGAGGUGGCCAAGGAGUUCGUCAAGCUCAAGUCUGACACACGCUCGGCCGAGGAGGGCGGUGCGGCGCCUGCACAGUAGGGCG